AUGUCUAUAUCAUCUUUGAAUAUCACAAUCGAUGAUUUGGUGAUCGAUCCCGAAGUGUUGUCCGAAUCGAUUCGAAAAUCGUUCACACGAAAUCCGUUUGAUUAUUAUGUUAAUGGUAUCUGCGGAUUAAUUGUGUGUCUUGCCGGUGUUGUCAGUAAUGCACUUAACUUUUCCGUUCUUAUUCGUCGAACUAUGCGUCUUUCGACUUAUGUUUACUUAGCCGGUUUAUGUUUAAGUGAUUUUACUACGUGUCUUUUCCUUCUACCAGGUUGUAUACUCAAUUCCUAUCCACUCCAAGUACCAGAUUAUGAAUUACCACGGACGUAUAUUUACACUCGAAUAUUAAUCAUUUCAGGUGCAAUUAGUACGACAGCUCGUGUUCUUAGUGUCUGGCUUUGUGCGGCAUUUACCAUUGAUCGAUGGAUAAUGAUAUGUCGGCCAUUUGUCGGUCCGCUCUAUUGCACAAUGAAAAAUGCGCGGUGUGUCACUGCAAUUAUCUAUCUGAUUGGGAUACUCUACGCUGUUCCGAUGAUGUUUGAACACGAACCACGUGAGGACCAGACGUUAACGGAAAUCCUUUUUCCGAAUAGUGAAAAGCGAAUUUAUCGGUAUACAUUGAGUGAUUUUGGCAAAAAUUCAGUUUUCCGUUGGACUUACGUGGUCAUCAAUGCUCUUGGCGUGUAUGUUAUCCCAUUAACUACUAUUAUCAUUCUCAACCGAAAACUAUUCAUAUCGAUUCGAUUGUUGGAACGACGUUCCGAAGAGUACAACGCGCCAUUACCUACCAAGCAAGGUGUAACUGUGAUGUUAUUAGCAACAACAGUUUUGCUUAUUGUUUUUCGUUUGCCAUCAGCUAUUAUAUCUGUCAUGUGGCUCAUUAGUGCGAAGAUAUUUAUCAAUGAGAAGCCUCCGUUUCUCCUACGAAAGUUUCAUUCCAUUGCCAAUUUAUGUGCAACAUUAAAUGCUGCUACGACAUUCAUUAUGUUCAUUAUCUACGGAACAAAAUUUCGUUCAGAGUUCACGAGUAUCUACUGCUGUUGUGUCAAGAAGACCAACCCGGAAAAGAAUCUGAACGGAAAUACCAUCGAUCCAAAUAUAAAAGAUAUUCUUCCUAAUGAUAAUGACGUCAACGAACAAGAUCUCAACAAUCAGAUCAAUCCUUUGCCAAUCGGCCGGUUGAAUCAAAACAGUCGUCAGACGAAUGCUCGGCACAGUAGCAGUGCCACAGUGUCCACAACUACGGCAUCCAUUGCAUCAUUAUCCUCUUUACGUCGUUUAAGAAAACAACGACGCAAUCCACGUUAUUCUCUCGAUCGCGAGCACGAGCUAAUCACUCAACAUCAUCUGCACUACAAUAACACGAAUAAAAGUCUUCAACCACACUACGAACUCACAAUCCGUGAAGAUGAAUGCAUUCAUCCGAGCAAUGAGAUUGAAACCGUAUCUUAUGUUCAUUGGUUUCGCAAUUUAAUCACCUGUCAUUAG